AAGGAAAGAUGAGUAACCACUUGAUUCUUCACUUGGCAUGUGUGAGCAUGGUUCUGCUCUGGGGCCAUGGGUAUGCAGUGCAUGUGCCCCUGGUCUAUAGAAUUUCCAUGGAUGGCAGUGGUGACGGAGGGGAGCCAGAUCUCAUUAUCCCCGUCGAUGGCCCCCACCACACUCUCUCCCCCGUCGAUGUCUCACCUGUCGAUGUCGCCCCCGUCGAUGUUUCCCCCACCACUACCCUAGCCCCCACCCUGGUCAGCACCAUCACCAACACCAUCACCAUCACCAUGAUCCGCCUCAAGGACUUUAUGCUCACCCGGGUGGUGGACUUCCUCCAGGAUAAUAUGUUGAUCAUAAUUGUGGUCACCUCCCUCCUCAUCGUCAUGAUCUUCAUCAUCUGCUGUGCCGCUACCAUGAGCCAAAAGCGCAAGAUGGAGGCCUACAAACCCCCUGCCAAUCCACCCAGGAAAUAUAUGGGAGACACAGUUGGUGGAGUCGAACCCUCCAGUGAGGUCCAGAGUAGGGUCUAUGACGGGCCUGAUUCUGCCAGGAGGGUCCAGAUCCAGGGAACCCCCAAGAAUCUGCGCACCCCUUCCACCGCACUGGUGGGGGAAAAGGUGGGUAAGGAGCCCAAACCGAAGGAGGUCCAGAAAGUGAGGGAGGUAGAGGAGGUAACACGCAGAGUGGAGCCUAAGCACAAAGGCCAGAAGGCUGAGGAGGUGCAGAGCUCCAGCACCAGCCAGCCCAUGGUCUGCACCUGCCACCUGCGGAAGGCCAACCACUAAGUAUAGGUUGGGGCUCCAACCAUGCAAACUAGCAAAAAAGGAGAUUAAGGCCUUUUCUUGUGCAGAGGGAACUCCAUGGGUACGUCAGCUGCAGUGCGCCAAACUUGUCUGUGGAAUUUGACUCUGUCGGUACCUUUAGCAUACAGAUAUAAAUGGGUCUAGUUAGCAUACAAAGGCCUUAAAACAGAAGGAAUUUCAGC